AUGCGACAACAAAACCUCCAGCCAUCGCGCGCAGUAGACACAAGUCAUUUGGCAUUGAAUGGCUGGAGGACCGUUGUCCAAGCCCAAGGAACGUCAGAACCGCCAGCGCCGUUUCAUUCAACUUUGGCGCGGUCGACGCAAAUGGCCUCAUCAGAUCCGGGCGGCAGAGAGGAAAGAAGAGAUAACGAUUUUGUUUUUUUCCCCACCCGGGUGAUGGAGAUGACUGGGAUGAUUUACCCGGGUGAGGGAGGUGAUUGUGAUGAAUUUUAUAAAAAUUUACAUAUUUAUAUGUAUGGGGAGAGAAAAGGACACAAAGGCUCUGGGUAUUUAAGUCCAUUUCAACCAAGCGCAGCUGGUUCGACUUUUCGACCUUCCACUCUUUCGACAUAG